UCUCCCCAAUAUAGUAGGAGUACGUAGAAAGCUUAAGAGAACAUUCACGGGAAUAUUUUGGCAGAGGCAAGAGAGAGCAAAAGUCCCAGUCUUCAACUCCGACCAAACUCCCAUGGAUUCCGAUGGCUCUCACAUUUCAUCAACAACAUUACCUCCGUCACAGUCCCCAUGGCGCCGCCGUGCUCUUCUUUCUACCGCAAAAUCAACAACUCAACCCAAAAACACCUCUGUUUUUUCCACUAAAUUUUCCCGCCCAAUUAUACGACCCAAAAAAACCUCAUUCAAAAAACCCUUCCCCAUUCACCCAAACGACACCGUUUCCCGUGAAGCUCUUCCUUCUGAAAGCUCGUGUUCUUCGAAAUUAUCUUCCUUGGAAACCCCCAAAUUCUCCGAUUUACCAUUCCAAAUCCACCGUUCGGCAAACGCCGUUUUGUCCCAUGACAACAGUUCCGGUGAAGUUCUUCCUGCAGGUUCCUUGUGCUUACAGAAAUUUGCUUCUUUUUCGAAAGCCGGCAAAACCAUUCUCAAUUUUGAGCCCGUUGACGCUGAUUCUAUUGACCACCGGUUGGCGCAAGAGAAUGAAAAGGAAGCAGUUGAGUCGGGUUGUCGGACGAAAGCUGUGAAGAAACAUCCUAAUUUAGUAGGGAGCAGCAAUGCUUCGUCGUCGUUGCCAGUAAAGAAGGUUAACUGUGCUAAUAAGGGUAACUUUGUAAGGCUGAAUAUAAAUGGUUAUGGUAAAAAGUUUGCAUCCAAAUACAAUAUAAGGAUUGCUAAUUCAUCAUCUGGUAAAAAGUUCUUUAGGAGAUGGAAAAAGAAAGUUGGGGUUGUAGGUAAGGAAGGGGAAAAUGGCUUGUGUGAUGAAGAAGGUUUGGUUGUGGAACUUAAGGGAAGAGGAGAAAGAUUGGAUUUUGAUGAAGAGUUGAUUGAAGAAGCUGUGAUGAGAGUUAGAAAUGAGGUGUCGGAUGAGAAUUUGUUGAGGUUGUUAAAGCUGAUUUAUGGGUAUGAUUCAUUUAGAGAUGGGCAGUUGGAGACAAUCAAGAUGGUGCUUUCAGGGAAAUUUACAAUGUUGGAUUUGCCAACAGGUGCUGGGAAGUCGCUGUGUUAUCAGCUGCCUUCAAUGGUUUUGCAGGGAGUUACAGUUGUUAUUAGCCCCUUGGUUUCCUUGAUGAUUGAUCAGCUAAAGCAGUUGCCUGCUGCAGUUGAGGGUGGUCUUUUGUGUAGCAAUCAGACACCUGAAGAGGUCUUGGAAACGUUUAGGUUACUAGAAGAAGGAUCCAUAAAGGUCCUUUUUGUUUCACCAGAGAGGUUUCUCAAUUCGGAAUUUUUAUCCAUUUUUCGUAACUCUCAAAUCUCACUUGUGGUUAUUGAUGAAGCCCACUGUGUUUCUGAAUGGUCACACAAUUUUCGGCCUUCAUAUAUGCGGCUUAAAGCAUCAUUGGUGUGUGAUAAACUGAAGGCGCAAUGCAUACUUGCAAUGACAGCAACAGCAACUACUAAAGCAUUGGCGCAAUGCAUACUUGCAAUGACAGCAACAGCAACUACUAAAGCAUUGUAUUAUGUGAUGCACGCAUUGGAUAUCCCAUCAACUAAUCUUAUUCAAGUAGUGAAACCAAGGGAUAACUUGCAGUUAUCAGUAUCUUCGAGUGAAAACAGGAUGAAAGAUCUGAUGACCUUGCUGAAGUCUUCCCCCUUUUUAGAGGCUAAAAGCAUCAUCAUUUACUGCAAAUUUCAGUCGGAAACUGAUUUCAUUUGCAAAUAUCUAUGCGACAAUAAUAUCUCGGCGAAGAGUUAUCACAGUGGAAUUUUUGCAAAAGAUCGGAGCCGUACGCAGGAACUAUUUUGUGCGAACAAGAUAAGAGUGGUUGUUGCAACUGUGGCUUUUGGCAUGGGACUCAAUAAGAAGGAUAUUGAAGCCGUAAUACAUUACAGCUUACCAGAAAGCUUGGAAGAGUAUGUCCAGUUCGUUAUUUAUGCUUAUGAUGGUUGCAAUUUCCGAGAUACUGACUUCUGCAAUUUUGUAAACCACAUGAUUAAUGCUCCUGUACAGGAGAUUGGACGUGAUGGUAGAAUCGCUUAUUGCCAUCUCUUUUUCGGUGAUGCUUCUUAUUUUAAGAUUCGCAGUUUUAUGUACAGUGAUGGUGUUGAUGAGUAUGUGGUGAACAAACUGCUGUGUCAAAUUUUCAGUGGCAGCACAAUUUCUAUUGGGAAAAUUUGUUCACUAGUUAAAGAGUUUGCUUGUCGUAAAUUUGAUAUGAAAGAAGAGGUAAUACUAACAAUCUUAACACAGUUGGAGCUAGGCGAGGUCCAAUACUUGCACUUGCUCCCACAGACCAGUGUAACAUGCACUUUGAACUUCCACCAGACUUCUCCUGCAAUGCUAUCUAUGAAAGAUGCUGUAGUUGCUGCUAUUCUGAAGAACUCUGAGAUCAAAGAUGGGCAGUAUAUAUUUGACAUACCAAGUGUAGCUAACAGCACUGAACUGCAAGUUGUUGACUUGUCAAACCAUUUGCAAACUCUGAAGAUUAAGGGGGAAGUCACAUAUGAGCUGAAGGAUCAAGCUUAUACGGACGCCCCGAAGGAUAUCUGUUCUUUAGCAACAUGGCUUACAAAGUGGUUAUCUGAAGUUGAGAGUUGUAAGGUAAGGAAGAUGGACACGAUGUAUGAUGCUGCAGUAUUUGCAGCAGAAGCAUGUGACAAAGUGCAUGGUUGCCGUGGCCAUCAACACACACCAUGCUUGCAAAGGAAGAUUGCAGAGUAUUUUGUAAAUGGUACUGAGGUUGAUGUUCCAAAGAGGAUUGGUGGAAGCAGCUCAUUUUUGACAGCUGAUAUAAAGGUAUUUCUGCAGUGCAAUUCACAUGCCAAAUUUACUCCCGGAGCCAUUGCAAGGAUAUUGCAUGGCAUUGCAAGCCCAGCAUUUCCGUAUGCUAUUUGGUCGAGAACACACUUCUGGGGAAUGUACAUGCAAACAGACUUCAAAGCAAUAACCGAAGCAGCAAUGACAGAACUCAUGAAUCUUGUAGGGAGGGAUGCUCUUUAAUGAUGCCUCAAAAUGGUGAAAUACCAUCAGCUAUCUAAGAUAUGCUGUUAUGGUUCCCUCGUCUCCUUGGAUUGAGCAUGAAAGCUACAUCCUCUUUCUUUCUUUUCUUUCCAGUGCUUGCAUGAGUAGGAAUCUCUACAGGCAACAUUUUCUGCUAGCACUUUUAGGUGAUUCACAACGUUGAGAAAUUCAAAUCCAAACUUUCCAAAGGUAACUACUUGAAGAAUACAAAAGCUGUUAUCAACAAUAUCCUGCAAUUGAUGCAAGUUCCAUUUCACAAUUGGAAAACUGCUGUGAAAGAGCUAAGGAGUAAGGUCUUCGUUUCCAGUAGAACAGAUCCAUUAUUGGCCAUCUAACCUUAUCUCUUUCACAAGUAAAUGAUAGGAAAAAUUAAAUAAACUAACAUACUUAAGACUUUAAUUAUAAUAAAUAACAAUAUUUUCUUAAAAUUACAAGUUAUAGCAAAAAUAGUAAUAUUUUAACCAUUAUAUUGAAAAGCACAUGGGUUUCACCUACUUUUUUACCUUUCACUAUUUUCACUCCAAUUUUUUCAAUUCCCUCCCAUAUUGCACUCCACUUUUUUCAAUUCGUUUUCCUUUUUUCAAAAUUGUGAUUCAUCAAAUAAGGUAAGUUGAUAUUUACAGUAUUUGCAUGUUAUCUUUUCAUGUAAUUUAUAUUUUUCUAUUUUUUCAUAUUUUUUCUUCAUCCGUCUUCUCUUUUUUUUUUUUGUGUGAGGGGGGAUUUUUUUUUUGUUGAAAGAUUAUGGAGGUCUGCUAUAAUGGAGGAAUACGUUAUUUGAUGGAGUUGAACAGAGAAGUUGGCAUAGAAGAGGUGAGAUCGAAGCAUUGUGACAAGUCAAAAAAUAUUGGGGAAAUCGCGAAACGGAAAACAUUGAGAAAACAUUCAUCUUCAAAAUCUCCAAAAAGUGCAAAAAUAUGUGAAAAAGAGGAAGCCAAACGAAAA